UUCUUAUUGGAUUUCAGACCGGACGCUUCGUGCACGCGGGCUCCUCUCACGCACACACACACCCACACCGCGCUGGCAUUGAUAUACAUAUACACCCGACGCCUCGAGCUCGUGUGUGUUGUGUGGUGGUGCGAUUAAAUAAUACUCCACAAAAGGCCAAACAAAUUACAUAAAAUCGGAACAAGAUUCGGGUUCGGAUCGGAAUCGGAAUCGGAAUAAGUGUCCUCCUCCGUGUUGUGUUCAGUGUAUACCGAUUGUUUUCAUUAGUCAAAUUAAAGUAGUAAGCGUACGAAGUGAACAGUUCCUAAAAAGUAGCAGACACACACACAGCGUCUCGUCUCCUAUAAAAUUUUCCUACUGCGUCGGAAUAUUAUCGUCUUGAUUAUUGUUAUUGUUGUGUCGUUUCUGGCGAAUUCGUGGCGAAUUUCUGCGUUUUGUUUCCCCAAGCACGCUGCGUGAGAUUGUUAAUUUGUGCAAAGCCACGAAAAAGAAGCGGAAAAACGAGAGUGUGAAAAAUCAAAGCGAGCAAAUAAUAAAAUUAAAGUCACACAUACACACACAAAGGCCCGCGCAGAGCCGAAAAAUACGCGCGCUUUACUUGAGUGUGUGUACGCGCUGGGCUUCUUCUUCCUGCGUGUGCCCAUUGGAAUUUGUACCCCAAAUCGCAAUUACAACAUACACAAACAGAGAGCGCCGUCUGCCGUCCUGCUCUCUCUUUCGCCCGCCUAGUACGCAGCCAGGAGAGUGGAGCAGAAAGAGAGGGAGAGAGCGCCGCGUUUUGUAAUCGUCGAUGCCCCAGCGCUUAAACACAAACGGCACUCAGCAGCAACUCCAAUCGCCCAGCAGCGGCGCCAGCGCAAUCGCAGCGGCCGCCGUGGUCUCGGCAGCAGCCGCCUCGAGCAGCGGCAACACAACCGACUGCAGCGACAACUGCGGCAGCCACAACGGCCUCGAGCAGUUCAACAUUGCUGCCACUACAGCAACACCGGCGACGGCGGCAACAAUGCCGGCUAUGGCCAAGGAGAAAGCCUCAGCAGCAGUGUCCUUGGGGGAGCCCAACUUCAGGGACAUCAACAUGAAGGACCUGGCCGUGGUCGUCGGAGCCAUGGCGACCACAGCGGCGGCGGCCACGCGGCUGCACCACCAGCAGCAGCAGCAGCACAAGUGCGGCUGCGGAGCGGUGUCGGCGGUGUCGGCCACUGAGAACAACAACAACAGUCGCUACGGCAGCAGCAAGUAUCUGACAAAUGGCCACACCUCGCCUUUGGCGGCAGCGGUUGCCAGCAACAGUUCGUCGGUGGCCACGCCGCAGUGCAUCAAGCUGUGCUGCCUGCAGAACGAGAUGUGCGAGUUCAGGAAACAGGAGCUGCUGGGCAUCAUGCAGGAGCAGCAGCAGGCGACACACCUGCAUCUGAAGCAGCAGCGGCAUCUGCAGCAGCAGCAACAGCAGCAGCAGCAGCAGCAACAACAACAGCAGCAGCAGCAGCAACAACAACAGCAGCAGCAGCAGCAGCAACAGAACCCUGCGCUCAGAAGGUCGCCAAACGAUUUCAUUUUCGGUCGGUACAUCGGCGAGGGCAGCUUCAGCAUCGUUUACCUGGCCGUGGACGUCGCGACGCGGCGCGAGUAUGCAAUCAAAGUAUGCGAGAAGCGGCUGAUCCUGCGCGAACGCAAGCAGGACUACAUCAAGCGGGAGCGCGAGGUCAUGCACCAGAUGACCAACGUGCCCGGCUUCGUGAACCUGUCGUGCACCUUCCAGGACCAGCGCUCCCUCUACUUCGUGAUGACGUACGCCCGCAAGGGCGACCUGCUGCCGUACAUCAACCGCGUGGGCAGCUUCGACGUGGCCUGCACCCGCCACUAUGCCGCCGAGCUGCUGCUGGCCUGCGAGCACAUGCACCGCCGCAACGUGGUGCACCGCGACCUGAAGCCGGAGAACAUCCUGCUCGACGAGGACAUGCACACGCUGAUCGCCGACUUCGGGUCCGCCAAGGUGAUGACGCCCCACGAGCGGGAGCUGGCCACCGAGCACUGCUCGGAGCAGCGGCGCAGCCACUCGGACGACGACGACGAGGACAGCGACCGGCUGGACACCGAGGAGGACGAGUACUGCGACCGCGACUCGGAGGAACUGGACGAGGGCGAGGGGGAUGAGGAGCAGCAGCAGGACGAGAUGGACUCGCCCCGCCACCGCCAGAGGCGGUACAACCGUGGUCGGAAGAGCAGCUUUGUGGGCACCGCCCAGUACGUCUCGCCGGAGGUGCUCCAGAACGGACACAUAACCCCUGCGGCGGACCUUUGGGCGCUCGGCUGCAUUGUCUACCAGAUGAUCUCCGGCCUGCCGCCGUUCCGUGGCAGCAACGACUAUGUCAUCUUUAAGGAGAUCCUCGACUGCGCCGUCGACUUCCCUCAGGGCUUCGACAAGGACGCCGAGGACCUGGUGCGCAAGCUACUCCAGGUCGACCCGCGUGACCGCUUGGGAGCCCAGGACGAGUUUGGCUACUACGAGAGCAUCCGUGCGCAUCCGUUCUUCGCCGGCAUAAACUGGCAGACGCUGCGUCAACAGACUCCACCUCCCAUCUACCCCUAUCUGCCGGGCGUCAGCCAGGACGAGGACGUCCGGUCCAACUACAUUGUGCCCGGAGACUUGGAGCCUGGGCUCGACGAGCGGCAAAUAUCGCGGCUGCUUAGCGCUGAGCUUGGCGUUGGCAGCAGUGUGGCCAUGCCCGCCAAGCGAUCAACCGCAAAGAACUCCUUUGACCUGAGCGAUGCCGAAAAGCUGCAGCGCCUCGAGCAGCAGAAGACUGACAAGUGGCACGUAUUCGCCGACGGCGAGGUGAUCCUUAAGAAGGGAUUCGUUAACAAGCGCAAGGGCCUGUUUGCGCGCAAACGUAUGCUCCUGCUGACCACCGGACCGCGUCUCAUCUACAUCGAUCCCGUGCAGAUGAUCAAGAAGGGCGAGAUACCAUGGAGCGCAGAUUUGCGGGCGGAGUACAAGAACUUCAAGAUCUUCUUUGUUCACACGCCAAAUCGCACCUACUACCUGGACGAUCCCGAGGGCUACGCCAUCCACUGGUCGGAGGCCAUUGAGAAUAUGCGCAAGCUUACCUACGGUGACGCCACCUCCGCCUCCACGUCCGCCUCCGCCUCCGCAGCGUCCUGCUCGAGCGGCAGCAGCAAUAGCCUAGCUGUCAUCUCGAAUUCCUCCGCCGCCUCCUCGAGCAGCUCGCCGACGGCGCGACGCAGCUCGCCCGUGAACGCUCCUCCCCAAUCCUCGACAGCGUGCGACAACCGAACACUGGGCAGCAGCAGAACAGGGACGUCGCCAAGCAAAAAGACGGCGUCCAAGUGAACGUAACCCUAGUUUUAGCAAUGUGAAAUUAAAUUAUAAUUUAGUUGAAAUUUAGUGCAAAAGAAGCAGGCGGGACUAGAAUGUAUGGUAGACAUAGCUGUAGGCGUAGGCGAUAGAGAGGAACUAACGAUCGUGUCUCUAGUGCUAAUUAGAACCCAAUUUCUGUUUUUCGUUUUAUAUUGUGCUAAGGCGGAGAAUAAACACUAAUAUAAACUAAGUACAUCAAUUUAAGUAAAUUCAAUUUAAAAAUUAAAUUAAAUAUUUAUAUACAGCAUACAUGAAUACAAAUAUAUUCGUAUUUAGCGCGUAGUUAGUCACAAUUUAAAUGAAUUACCGAACUAGGAUCAGACCGAGAUGAAGAUUAGAUCAGAUCGGAUCGAUGGGGACGGAGGCAAGGUGGCAUUCUACGCUUGAAAUUACACGACGCGAAAGAGAAGCCGUAUUUAAUGUGUGAAUUACUAGAAAAAUGUGUGGAAAAUGUAAAUGUAUAUUAUCUGUAUGGAAAUUUGGAGAAGUGGGAUUACUGUUUCUGUGUUAUGGUGGCGAAAAGAUCACGUAUCUGUUAAUGUAAAUUUUGUAAAAAAAAAGUGUAACUAUGUAAACAACUGUACUAGCUAUAUAUGUGCACGGCAAAAAGAGCCUAAGACGGAGGGAAGGAGAUGGUGAGGAGCGCGAAAAUACUUCGGUGUUUUCCAGCUCCGCCGCUCAGCUUUCUAGUUAAUUCUAAUCUAAAGUUCUACGCUAAGUAUCACUAUUUAUCAUUUUCAUUUUGCUUUUCGUUUACCCAUUUGCCCUACGAAGAAAUGUAUAAGACUUGAGCUACUCUAAUUGUAACCCUAAUGAAAGAACGAAUUUCGAAUUUGAUUUAAUUUUUAUUUAGUAAGGGCCAAGGCCGCCACUAAAACUGAACAGUCCCAAGUUUGUCCAGAUAUCGCGGUCAUUUGUCGCCACCCGUUUCCGAUUGAGUGUUUAAAACAAGUCUUAUACAAAGUAAUGUGUAAUAGAUUUAAUACAGACUGGGAAAUGUUUCUAAAACUCGCGCGUAUUAGUUAAAUUUUGAAAUCGUCUAAGUUGCGCCCACUACUACUACUACUAAACACGCCCAUCCCCUCCCAUCUUAACCUAUAAGCUAUAUAAUAUAGAAUUAGUGAUGAGCAGAGGUGUAGCGUAAGGAACCGAAGUUGAAAGAAAGCAAAAAAUACAUUUUGUACAUACAUAUCGCCUUUGGGCGUGGCAGCGGCUAGCAGCCGCGGCAGUCGAUAUACAUCUAAACCUAAUUUAAUUUGUUUGUUACUCCUAAGUAAAUUAUUUUUGCUAACCUUAAGUAAAUUAAAUUUAACGCAAGAUGCAAACAACAUACACUUACAUAAGUAUACAAUUAAUUAAAUUAAACGAAAAUUACGAUUUAUUAAAAGAUGUCAUAGAACGGAGAGCCACUAAUAGUGAGAGAACCCUGUAAAAUAAAUAUUUAAACCAAUUAUAUAUUAUCUAUAUAUGAAUACCAGAACAAGAAAGGCAAAAAGAAGUAAAAAUAAAAAUAUUACAUUAUGCGUAAAGUACAUUGGUAAAAAGAGAGCGAAAAGAACGUAUCAUUAAAAGGAAAUAUUAAAGAAAAAUACAAAAACAUUUCAAAAACAACAAAA